AUGAGCGUCGUUACCCAAGAGAUCCUUAUAUAUUUGUCUAUGGUUGCUCGGACGAAGCCACAACAGUUGGCGAAUAUUUUGCGAUUGCGCAUUGGACUCAUUAUUCAAAUGAUGGGAGCAGAACUAGCCAGAACAAUGUGUCUAAGUGCAGAAGAUUCUCUGUACGCCCUCUUCUCUAUGAGUCCAUUUGAUAUGAAGCGACUUCUCCUCAAUUUGUUGAGCGGAGAGGAAAUACGCAUUUUUAAAAGCGCCCGCACAAUUCGUCGCAAGUCUACCAAUGUUCGUGCCACACAUGAAGCAUUGAAAUCCCACCAGUCCACAUUGAGUCGCCGUACAUCAAUGAAUCAGCGUUCGAUACUGAGUCGCCUUCCUUCUCUGGGUGGUAUGUCUGUUGUGGAGGAGGCUCGCGAGGUGCGUGGCAUGGAGAUGCGUAACUUGUGGAGUAGAAGACGCAAAAUCGAUGGAGCGCUCAACCGCGUUCCUCCCGGUUUCUACAAGCGAGUAUACAUUGCACUUAGCAGGAUCACAAGCCUUCAGAUCGGUGCCCAUGUACUGUCCAGUAGCCUUACUACAGAGAUGACGAUGGAGGAGCACAAAUUCGCUCUGGCUGUGGAGCGCGUCAAUACGAUGGUGUCCACUCCCGAAUUCCGACAGUUGUUGGUUGAAGCAACUCACGUACUCGGAACCCUAUUGAUGUACGAUGUGACGAAUUGCGUGCAUCUGGACUGCAUCGUCAAAAUUGACGACAUCGUCGAAAUAGCUAACACAUUGUUUUUAUUGGAUCAGGUAAAAUAUGAUGCCAAUGCAACUUUGUGUUGCGCCAGAGUGAUGAAGGAUCAGAACAUCACAGAUUUCUCGGUGGCUGCAGGCUUGCGAAAACCGGUACCUUUACUAUGCCAUGGUCCACACGGCAUCUGUCAGCACUUUUACGAUACUCCCCCCGCUGGUCGCUUUGGAACAAUGUCGUACAUGGUACGAGCAGUUUCACACUUGCUACAGUCUUUCGAACCUCUUAAACAACGCGGGCUCUCAUCCGUUGAUUGCAAUGUGCAAUGA